CAAUAACCGGUUCGUUCAAAACUUUCGCUUUGUUGAAGUCACGAGAUUUCACCAUUGGCUUUUGCCGACGUUUCGUUUCUAUAUAGGAAUACUUCAUAAGUCCUUAUUGGGCCCACAACAUAAUUUUCUUGUUCCGCGGUCUGUUAUGUCCUUGAAUCUCUUAAACGCGUGGUAUUAUGUACAUAUUCCUGUAUAAAGUUAUUAUAGUCACUGUUGACUCACGAAUACGUAUUUGUAUAUGUAUAUGUGCAUAUAUAUAUGUAGGUGUUACUCAAUACGCAAAACCAUAUUUUCGAGGCCUCGGAACAAUUUUAUGGCGAGGCUAUGAUUUAAUGACAAAUCAAUUAGGCAUAAGAUAACCUCUCAGAUUUUAGUACGAAAUUCACUCAUCCACUUAGUUAAAUUGAGUUUUGGUAUUAUAGCUAAUGUCAUUACGUGAUGAAAAUUUUGAACAUUAACCACCAACUGUUAAUCAUAAUUCUUAUUACUCACACUGGUUUAUAAUACUCAUUCGGUCUCGGUUAUUAGGUGGACACCCCCAUAAAUUGUAGUCUCACCGAGCCUGCACAAAAACCUAUGUGGAAUUCGGGGUUUGAGUCAGGAAGUUAUGGAACUUGCCGAAAGUCAUAAUGAUGCUACCUUCCGCUAAAUCUUUCGGAAAAACGGUUGAUCAUCACUUUAGUUCUGCAAAUACUAAAGGCGAUUACUCCAAGUGUUGCUUAUUGAUCACUCAUAUCAUUAGCUAAGUUGUACCUCUCAGUUUCUCGGAGUAUGGCAAGAAUCAUGCCUCUAAUCUUGAACACUCUCCAACUACCCAGACACUGAUUAAAAGAAAAAGACAGUUCGUUAAUCCUGACAAACUAAUUGGAAGUUGUAAUGCAGUUUACCAAAUAGUUUCGUGAGGUUAAACGAUACACAAUCGUCAAUUAUGACGUGUAUGUAGCUUUCGUUUACUGCAUGGUUCUGGGAAUAAGUGAAUCUUCUUUUCGACCUAACAACUCAGCUGACGGACAAAAAUCCCUCGAUAAUCAUUUUGGCCGAAAAACAGAAGUAAGAGUCCCAUCGGUCAUUGUUUGUGGUUUAGAUAACUAUCAUAUAAAAUGCUUUAUAUCUUACUCAUAUCCAAAAUUGGCUGCAAACUUGAUUUUUGAGAUCAAUGAAUGCUCGUGUGUUUAUUAUAGUCCUUUAAUUUAUCCAGGUGCUACCACAAGAAAAAUGCUGAACGGUAUUAAAAAGGAAUUGAAAAACAUGUUAACACCGAAUAAUCCAGUUUCCUGUUACGUAUUGUGUCCUUCCGUUAGUGAUAAAACUAGUGCUUUAAACUCUUGCUGGUAUCAUAUUGCUGCAAAACUUUUGAGGGAUUGGUGAUCAUAAAUGAAGAGGUGAAUGCUUUACUUCAAACUUUUUUUCAGUAUAAUCAUAUAAAGUUUAGGAUUUCAGUGCACACUUGUCUUCAGAAAUUAAUAUUUUGUUGUUUCAUCUCUUUUAGCAGCUAUGUGUGACGAGUCUAGCUACAUUAGUAAGCCUAUUUCCACUAUACAGGAAUUGGUACACUGGGACUUCCCGUCUACAUCGAAUCUUACAAUACCUUUAAGCUAUUUCAGUGACUUUUUAAAUGACUUUGGCUUUAUUCGUAAGUCCUCUGGAUUACCUAAAGUUAUAUACUGUCAUGAUAUGGCUGGCGGUUAUCUGUCCUCUGAUCGAACAGUCAACUUCACUUGUGUUUUUCCUGCUUUUCGAUUCGUUCAUUGGCACUUGGUUGACAUAUUUAUUUACUUCAGUCAUCAGUUCAUAACUAUACCGCCAGUCUCAUGGAUUAAUCUAGCACAUAGACAGGGUGUCAGUGUCUAUGGUACUGUAAUUAUGGAAUCAGUGGAGUGUGAUGGAUUCAAAUUCAUUUUUAUGGGUUCCUCGGAACAUUAUCGUGAUGUCAAUAAAAUAUCAAACUAUAAGGAUUUUGCCAUACGUUUGGAUCAAAUAAGACGAGUUGUUGGGUUUGAGGGUUGGUUUAUUAACUUUGAAAUUUCUCUACCCUGGGUAUGUAAACAUUUAUUUAAUUUACUGCACGCAAUUAAUCUUCUAGUUUUCAUAAUUUUAUCUUUCUAUAUAUAGAAAUUCACGAUAUUCAUUUUUGGUUUUUGGUUUCUCACUACCAAUCGGUAUUGUCAUUUUCACUCCUUAAGUUUUCCUCACGUUGAUUCCCUUUAACUGUACUCACAUGAAUUAAAGCAAUUUAGACCAAUGUGAAUUUUUGUUUGAUCGAACUGUAUUUAUGUUAAUACAUCUAAUUUUUAACCUUGAUCACGUGGCCAAUAUCUCUAUAAAUCUGUUUAUAGUAUGCGAGUAUAAGGUUUUAACACGCUAUUUAUAAUUAGGUAAGGUUUUUCUUACACUACCUUGUUUGCUUAAAAGACAGGUCAGUGAAUUAAUUUCCGUUUAAUGUGAUCCAAAUAUUCAGCAUUAUUAAAAUACUAUUGUACUUGAAAGUGGAAUUUAUCGAGAAAAUGUUGACUAAUACUUAAGGAAUAGUACAAACCGAACUUAACUUUGGAGAAAGCAUCCAUAUGAAUAUGGCGUCCGAUUUUUUCAGCAAGUAGAUCUCAGAUAGUGUUGUGCGAAGACAACUUAUCAGAACUGCAAGCAGUCCGAUCGCAUAUUAACUUAAAAUAUCUUUAUAAGAAAUCAAGAUCAAACUAUAAGUGUCUGAACACAAGAAAAUCAAAGAUAGUAAGGGAAAAAGCAACAUAAAUCAUACCACUCUGGAUAUCAAAUUAAGGUUAGUAUGACCAUGGUAGGAUUAACGUAGGUACAAACUUUUUGAACACAACGGGGUUUAAGUUUUCAUAUGACUGAGGUAUCAAAAAUUCCCACAUACAUACAUUUGCUCUCAGUGUUAUGGAAUAUCAUAGAUUAGCUGUCAGUCACCACCAGUAAUUCUCAAUCUGAAGUGGACUCGGGGUAAAACAAUUAUAAUUACAUUUUCCGAAAUUGAAAUAUGCUGAAGUCCCAAGUGGAAGAAAAUGCAGAUACCUAAUCAGUAUCGUUUCGUGGUAACACGCACUGCUAAGGAGUCCCAUACGACGAAAUGGCCGUCCAAUGCUUCCACGUUUUCCUUGGUAGUCUAGCUUUAAUCGACCCAUGAAUUCAACUGUUAAAUCACCAAUAUGUCAACAAGUGCAGUCGUAUUUCUAGAUAACCAGUAUCAUUAAUGUUCUGGUUCGUCGAACUGUAUAUUUCUAAACGUCUUGCUUGAUUUAGUUAAUGAUGUCGCGAGUCAGUCAAUUAAAGCGCUUACUACUGUUUACAAGUGGGGAGAAAAAUAGUAGUCUGGUGGAAGAAAUAUGUCCAGAUAAGUUGGAACACAGUUGUACAAAUGCCUUGUUUCUCAUCUAUGGUUAGCUAUUCUAUGAUUUCAGCCUGUGAGUUUAUUUUUCUUCCCUUUUUUUCUGGAAAGUUUAUUUUCGCUUUGUUUUCUUGAUAUAUGAGUAACUCCUAGUUCAAGUUUGAUUAUUCUCCUGAUUUAUUUUGUGAUUUAUAAACUACAAGAUAAAUGUAUGUAAAAUCUAUUAGGUUGUUGCUACUCAUUACUAUUAUCUUUUAGGAAAAAAUUGCUACAAUUCGUGAUCGAAUAAAGAAAUUCCUACGAAUGCUUAGAAACCUCGGUUCUGAAGUUAUCUGGUUCGUAUCUUAGUCUUAUAAUAACUAACUAGAUUUUUUGUUAUAAUAGUUUUAUGGUUGAAAUAAACAUCAAAAAGGAUAAUUUUUCCUUGCUACUACCUCAUCCCAUCUAAAUAAUCCACAAAAAUUACAUAUUUUUCUCUUGAAUGUUCUGCUUCCAUAUAAUUACUAUGCCUGUUACCCCACGAGGAGAAGCAAAGGUCUCCCACCAGCAUUCUCCAUCUAACUCUGACCUGGGCAAGCAUUUCCAGUUGCUAUUCAUCUUUUUGAUGUCUCAUUCCGAUUUCCAACACACUGUGUACUUCGGUCUUCCUCUUUUCCGUUUCCCUUCAGGAUUCCAGGUUAGCGCUUGCUUCGCGAUGCAGUUUGGUGAUUUCCUCAAUGUAUGUUCUAUCCACCCCCAACAUCUUUUCCUAAUUUCCUCAGCUGGAAGCUGAUUUGUUCUCUCCCACGAUAAGCUGUUGCUGAUGGUAUUCGACCAAUGGACAUUAAGUAUCUUGUGUAAACAGUUUUUUAUAAAUACUUGUAGUCUUUUGAUGAUGGUUGUGGUAAUUCUCCAAGUUUCAGAUCUGUGCAGUAGAACUGUCUUGAAGUUCUUACUGAUGAUUGUCAAUUUGAUGUUAUUUGACAGUUGUUUUGAGUUCCAUAUGUUGUCCAACUGUAAGAAUACUGCCCUUACUUUGCUAAUCCCUACCUUUACGUCUGCAUCAGAACCUCCUUGUUCAUCGACGAUGCUGCCCAUUGCUUCAGUGUGCUACAAUUUGUUCAUGAUUACUAAUCACGGUAAAUAAUCACUGUUCAUAUAUAUCAAGAAACGGCUGAAGUUUGAAGACAGCGUAGUUUGUACUUUUACAGUUACUUCUUAUUAUACAUGUCAGUAGUUAAAGCGCUCAACUUUUAAUCAAUAGGUUGCAAAUCCCAACUCCACUUUAAUUCGGUUUUGUAAAUCAAAUAAAGUUGAGAGUCAAUUACAAAAACAUAGAUUUAGUUAUUGAAUUUAUAUGAAAAUUCCUUAAAUGUCACAACUUUUAAAUAAAAUUUGCAUCAUGUCAUUGUUGCUUGCAGAUUUGCAUUGUUCUUUAUUUAAGGUAUGAUGCACUAACUUGGUCUGGCCACUUAAGCUUUCAGAAUGAAUUGACCGAAGAAAAUUUGCCGUAUAUGAAAGCUUCUGGAAGUGGUUUAUUUCUCAAUUAUAAUUGGAAUCCAGUUAAGUUACGACAAUCACAAGAGAUUGCUGUUAAUUCUUCAAUGUCAACAAAGGUGUUUGUCGGUAUUGAUUGUUUCGGUCGUGGUUGUAUUGGAGGCGGUGGUUUCGGUACAGUUGAAGCACUGAAAGUUGUUUUAGAUAUUAACGCUUCUAGACUCGACCGCCCAUUAUCAGUGGCUUUAUUUGCACCUGGUUGGGUGUUCGAAAAGUGCGAUUUGACAGAAGCAGCUGGUGAUCCAAUCAAAGCAUUCAGCUUAUUAGCAGAGAUGAACACAAAAUUCUGGUCAUAUUUAAGUCCAUUAAUUUGUCGUCUACGGGGUUUGAGUAGUAUUGAUAAUGUUACAAUGCUAUAUAAACCUACACUUCCCAGUCUACCGGUUAUUCAAUUACCUUGUGAUUUAUGUGAAAAAUAUGAUUCAGAUAUUUUAUUUUGCACAACAUGUUGCUCUGGUCAGGGUUUAUUACCUCCAAAGCCUUCGACGGCACAAAAUGAAAUGAUAUUACAGUACGGAAGUCAAAUGGGUCGGCAACAAAUAUUUCCAACUUGCCGUGAACUAAACAAAUCAUUGACUGAUAACGACAUGACGAAAUUUAGUUUUUCCGCUGUCCAAAUCUUGGAAACAGGUUACGAAAAAUUCACAGGAACGUGUUUAUGUAUACGUUUCGAACAAUCCGAUAUAGUAGUCGAUUUUGAGCAACAAAAAUCAAAUGAUUCACUAAUGGAGUUAUUUCUUUUUGGUCGUAAUUCAUUUAUAUCUGAUAAAGCACAAUUCAAACUAGCCAUUACUCCAUACACUUUAAAUAAGGAGACAUCUUUGCCAUCUGAACAAUGUUUGGACCAUAAAAUCGGUUUAAAACUGUUUGUGGAUACAUUUCAUUUCCCGGAUAAAAAUGAUGGUGAAAUUAAUUUUAAACGCACAUUUCUGACAGCUGAUGAGGAAAAAAUUGAAUUGAAAAACAAUAUACCUUGGUCUGUACUUCAUUACAACGUAACUGGUCUCAUUUUUGAUCCCAAUAAAAAUAUUUCAGAGUCAGAAAGAUUUUCAAAUACAACAUCUUCAUCACAUUGUAUCCAUCUACAUCGUAUCGGUUUAACUUGGAGUUGGAAUUCGAUUUUACAUACUUAUGAUAAAUCUAUCAUGAAGUUCAAUGGUUUUCUUAUAGGUUUAAUUGAACUACGUGAUCCUCAAUGGCCAUUGGAAAAUUAUUUUGAAUAAUAAAUUGAUUAACUAAUAUGAUUCAUGUGUUUUCUUCACACAUCUUUCACUCUCUAUUGAAUUUAUUUAUAUUCUUUUCUUAUUCUAUCUCAUAAUUUUGCAUGAUUUUCGUAUUGUUUUAUUUUUCUUCCAAAAUUUCAUGUUACUGUGAUCAACAACAUAAUUGUUGUUAUUGAUAAUAUGACUACUAUGACUUUCAGAUUUUUAUACUUAGUAUCUUAUUAUCAUUUGUAUUAUUUAUUAAUAGUUUCCCUACAUAAACAAUAAAAAUAUCGACUUCAACCUUGCAAUGAUUUCUCUGUCAAUGGUAUGUAUGUGUAUGAGUCAUGUUUUCAGAAUAAUUGUAAUGAUCCAUUAUCUUCUAGAUGUUGUACGAACUAAUUUUAUUAAAUUGUUAUCUUAAACAGAAGAAGAACGAACAUUGAUGCAGAAUAAUACGAAUUCAUUUUAUUUCAUUAGGUUCUCAUUAGCUGCUUACAACCUAAAAUAUUUGAAAAUAAUCGUUAUUACAGAUAUUGACAUAAUUAUACAUACGAGAGUGAUGAAAGAUGAAUAUAUGUAUUAUGGUGUAGUGAAGAUUCCGAUAGAGUUAAUGAGGUCAUAAAAUAAAGUUUGGGAGGGAAAGUCCCAGAACAUUGAAAUAGUGAUUAGAACUCAUUGAGUUAAAAACACAUUAGAUGACUAUGUUAUGAAGUAACUGAAAAUAGAUUAAUAGUAAUAAAGAUAUGAAUUGAAAUCAGUCAGUUAUGAAUUGAAGAAAAAUGAUAAUGAUGUAAUUUAUACUUCAGAAAGAGUUGAAAUAAUCGAUGACGUAAUAAAUAAAAAAGUUUAAUGUUACCAGGGCAAAGAAAGAUUUAUUACUGUCUCUUUCUAGAUACAUAGAUCUGGUUUUAGAUGUUUGAUUGCGAUCGCUUUGGCAAAUUUCAAAAGGUUGGAGUCUGAUUGUUUGUUAAUUACCUUGAAGGACUUCAGUGUAUCGACUUCAUGUCCUGUGUCAAGGAGAUGUCUUGCGAUGGCACUGGUGGAUGCUUUUAAUCCAUUUGAUCUUAAACUUUUCAGAAUAUGUUCUUUGAAUCGGACGUAGACCCUCCUAUCUAUUCUACCAAUGUAAUUGCUUUGGCAGAUACAUGUAAAUUUAUAUACACAGUUGAUGGUAACAUGAAAGAGAUACCUGUCGACCUUUGAUUGUGUUAAAGAACAUGUUGUUUUGGACAGGACAAUCAGUUUAGCUGCAGUAUAAGUUUUUGUCAAUGCACUUUUUAAUCUCAAAUUGAUUGACCCUGUGACAUCACCUUUGGAUUUAAGUUGAAUAAAAACAUUUUUUGUAUUUGCUGUAGUUCAUCUGGGUUUUUUUAUCUACACGUUUUUCAUAUUUCUCAAUAAAUUUCAGUGGGUAUCUGUUAUUCUUUAAACAUUUUUUAACAUUCAUAACUUUCUCUUCUACUGUAUCUGCAGUACACAUUCCCUCUGUUCUGUGAAACUGUUUUGACAAGUGCCUUUUUGUAACUGAUUGGACAAAAGCUAUUGAAAUUGAGAUAAACCCCAUUCCAUGUGUGUUUUUUAUAAACUGAAUGUGGAACUGUGCCAUCCUUUCUUCGUUUCAUUGCGAUAUUGAUUCAGUUUCCAGUCAGGUGUCAAGAACUUUGGUGUUGUUUCUGCACAGAAUUUUCUCAAUUAUAAAUGCUUUAUUGGAAUUGUAUGCACAAACGAUUUUUCAAAAUUCAUUUCUUAAAGAAUUAACCAGACAGUGAAUUAGCGAUUAAAUAACACAAGCGGCUGCAACACCACUUCAAGUGGUCGAUGGUUAUCCAUAACUAACAAACUUAGUUUCUCACUUAACGUAUUUACUGAACAGAAUAUACAGUAUUUGUUGUGUUAUUUGAAUUACGACCGAUAUCAUGUAAGACUAAGUUUGUGUGUGUUAACCGAUCACUUAACAGCGUCUCCGUUAGUACUGGGUGAGGUCGUUUAAUAAUAACAAUAAUUGUACAUUUUCUGAUGCAUGAAUUUUCACAUUUAUUGGAGACUCUGUUCUAUAUAAUCGUUGGAUUUCCAUAUUUAUUUUCAAAUAUAACAAUUUGUAAAUGAUUUUGGUGCCUGUGGUAUAGCAUUUUGAAGACUUGGUCCUUAUAUUGUUUGCGGUCUUCAUUUAAUUUGAUUUGUAAUGGUCUGAAUUAUCUUGUUUUAGAUAUUUUUUGACUGAAUUCUGACCAGUCUUAGUUGGAAUAUGUGCAUCCUGUGCAUGUUGCUUCAAUAUAACAAUUACAUCACAAAUCGUUAUAGAAUAAAUGGAAUGCGGCGAGCAGUGUAAUCCAGUACGCUCGUUUCGUCCUUUUUGAGACUUGCCAGCUGGAUGCACCUGUACCUCUGUAUUGUUUGCAAAAUGACUGGGAUCCAGUAUCUUUCACAUCAAACACCCAACGGGUUAUAUAAUUCAUGAAGUUUCUUAUUGUCAUUUCGGGAAUUUCUUUUAUAGAUGUUAAGGAAAGUGUGGUUUUCCAUUUCCAACGAAUUCGUGUGUUCCGCACUCAUGUUAUUUCUGUACGAGUUUCACACGUUAAAUACAAUUUCAGAUUUUUUAUUUACUUUCUAUAAUGUUUGAUUCAACCCUUGUUUUACUCUUGACAAGUUUCAUAUAUUAUAGUCGCAGACUUUCUAGUAAUCUUUCAACUUAAAAUCUUUUCAGAUUCCGAAAUUGUCACCAUUCUCAUAUUACUCCCUGUCACCGAAUUUCCCGAGUACCAGACUGCUUUGCUUUGGAACUUCAUUAGUACAACUUUGCAGAAAGUCGUCCAAUCAGAGUGGAAAAGUUGGUGACUAUGGUGCAGCUGUUACUCGAUUGCGUUUUCCAGUUUCUCCAAGACCGAUUCGUAUGAGAAGGGCUGAGGGUGUUGGUGGUGGUGUAACAGGUCGUAUGAUGUUGCUUAGACGAUAUGUUUCAAAGCUACUUGAUGAUGAACGCAUCGAAUUACCAUGGCCACAUGCUACUGAAACUCGAUUAUACGCUGAGCGUUUGAUUCAGGAAAGCAUCUUGGCAUCAGCUGAACAGGAUCUCGUUUCGCUAUUUGAACUUUGGAAAAAUUCUAAGGAACCAAAAACCAACGAUAAACUCAAUCUUGGUAUUCUAGAGCUUUCUGUGUUUUGGCUAACUGAGGAACGUUUAGUUGAAAAAUUAUUCAAGGUAUUUGUACCAAGAUACAGGUUUUAUGAACGCGCAUACACUAGUUUGUUUCAGAUUUUUCCUCCAGUUCAUCCGAUAAAAUCUAGUGGUACUAAAUCAUUUGGAAUAUUGGAAUUGCACGGAAAUCCAUGGCCACCUGUUCGUGGUCAUGGUAUAAUUGGACGAAGUUUAAAUCCAGAACCAUUUCAAGAUCGUUAUCUCAUCAAUGUUCUAUUGGAUGCUGCACGUGAAUCAUCAGCUAAGAAGAAUUGUACACCAUCCACAUCAUCACCUAUUGUAAUUGAUUAUGAACUACGUCCAAUUAAUUGACUGUAUGUGAUACACUUAUGUAAAUAUCCAUUAUUUAUCUAUUAACGGAUCUUGUAGGUCUAUACUUCUAUUCCAUAUUCCUUAUAAAUACUUGGAAAACUUUUCAUAUUAUGAAAUAAAUUUGCAUUUUACUGCAUGUACUCUUUUUGAUUUUUCGAUUUAUUGAAAGAAAUUUUUAGUUUCAGUAUAUUUCUAAAAGACUAUUUUAUACCUUAUAAGCCGUUAAAAGUUUGACAUUUUCUCUGUGUAGUGUAAAAAAUGUGUGUUUUUUUAAAAAUAAAUCGUUUUUUACAGACUUAAGUAGAAUCAGUUGUCUAGCAAAUACUUAUCAACUAUUUCCUUAUAUCUUCUAUGACUUCGUAAUUUGUGCUCUGCCAUGGCUAACGUUAGAAAUCAUUUUAGUUUGCGGCAUGAUUGUGUUAAUUAUGCAAUCAGUCGAACAGUCUUCUGUUAUGAUGAAACUGAAGGAUAGUUAAGAUGAAAUAGUUAUCUGUUUAAAGCCUAAAAUUUCCCACUGCAAUUAGGUCUAUUAAGCGAAUCUACAUACUUUUUCGAGGGUCAGAAGUUCACAGCGACUGGGCAUAAAAGAUGUAGUUAUACUACUGUCUGUACUGAAGUGUGGCAGUAGUAAGGUUUUUUCAUAGGUGGUCAGCAUCUCCAGCUAGUCUCCCUUUAUACAAAGAAGAGUGGUUAGUAAGGAGAAUAGCUCGAAAAUACAUACAUGCUUUUGUUUCAGAUUUUCAGUGCUGGGUGUUGAGCACUAUAAAAUCAAAAAUGGUUACUUGCGAACAACUUUGUGUACGCAAUUAUUUUUUUCGCUUCACACUCAUCCAGAGAUGGACAUUGGAUUUCAAACCCUUAGUGAUCUAGAGAAAUUAAGAGCUAAGAAGAGCAACAGGACUUGAUGACCAAUUUCAGAGUGUUUUAAGGACUGUGACCUAAUAUUAUAAGUAUAACCCAUCAUUAUUUUAGAUCGAGCAAGCUCAGCUAUAAUUCUUAACUAUGGUCUAUCACAAUAUGGGUGAAAAUCGUUUCCGUAUUUCCACUUACUGUCUGACAGAAAUAACUGAUGUGGGUUUUAAAAAGCAUGUUUAAAAAUGUCUAGCGAGAGCUGUACAGGUCCGGAAAAUCGGAAGUAUUUGAUUGCUGUGUACUUGUGUGAUAAUUGACGUCAAAAGUAUUAGCAUUACAUUGAGGAUAUUUCUUGAUGAAAGUUAAGCAAGCGUCUGUAAACUUGUGAAUUUUGAUAUUGACUCCCUGGAUGAUUGGAAGAGACGGUCCCCAUGUGAUGAAUGGUGUGCUGUUUCUGAUAAGUUAUCGUAAAAUCCAUUUUCGUACCUACCCUAUCAUCUAUUUUAAUCACAUCUUUUUAAAUUAAGCUUAGAAUUGUACCUGUUUGUUUUCCUUUCACGUAUAUGGUAUACUAUUACCUGAUCAAAGUAAGUCCUCACUGUUCACCACUAGGUUAGAUUUACGUAUGCAUAACAAUCUAAGAAGAUAAGGAACUUUUUAAGGUUUAAAGGUAAGAUAAACUAAAAACUAGAGGACACUGGGGAGAUUUUUUUUUGCGAGUAUGCAACACGUCUAAUGAUUUCAGGUUCGUGGAAUUCUCGAUUAUCAUCCAUUGUCACCAGUAAACAUUCGUUUCACCCUCAAAUCGGUUGACUUUCUUACCUCAUUCAGUUGUUGCAAUUUUCUUUUUUGUUAUUUUGUUAACUUAUGCAAAUAAAUUUCGAUUAUAUUACGAAUUUUCAAAUGAUAUCUAAUGUGUUUGUUUAUACUAUGUAUGAUUAACUAAAAUGAAAGCAUAUCAGGAUAACAGUAAUCCUCGUAUAGACUAUCGCUUUUUGAUAUCAACUUGAUAUAUGUCACCAUAAAAUAAUUUUCCUUCUAAAAAAUAAGUCCAUUUUAUUAAAUGGGAUAUAUAAAUUUCAUCAUUUUACGCACUAAUCGAUCAUUUACAAUUGAUUAAUAUUAUAUAUAUUCCUCAUUCAUAACUAAAUCCUGUCAAAUAAAGUACAAUUAAAAUGGCAAAAAUAACUACAAACUGUGCAUAUACAUUAAUUUAUCAUACCUGUUAACUAUUAUGGUAAUAAUAGUAUAAAUAAAAUUACAUUGAGUCGGCUUCAAAAUGUUAAAUAAAACAUCGAUCAGCAACGUUCGAUCUUGACUAUGAUACUUCCACUUUCUUGGUCUUAUUUAGAUUUACACCUAUUAUAUUAGCUUCAGAAGUUUGUGGAGAUUAAUUUAAUUUGAAAAACUAUGAAUAAUCACUAGACACUUGUUUUACCCUGGUUUUUAAACUCAACCGUGCGCUCACCGACGGCCGUACUUAGUACCAAACUCAAAUCCUUUUAGAUUUUAUGACAAGCGUUUAACUUUUGGACCAUUAAGUUUUCGCUUUGCAGUGGAUAACAUUUCAAUAAUUCUCCGACUGAUAUUGAUCAGUCACCAAAACCAAUAUCCAUAAUAAUGUCUUAACGCAUUAACGAAAGCAUUUUUAAUUAGUAAUUGCCUUCAUGUCCUUUUUUUUCUCUUUCCAAAUUUAUUUCACUGCAUUAUACUCCUUUAAUAACAUUUUCAAACCCUAAUCUUUCCGAUUACUGCUUAUACUCUUAUCACCUCUACCACUACGGGAUUUGAAUCGACAAUUGUAUCUGUGUGCUAAUGUGAUAUGGCAACUCGAACUGAUGUACGUACGUACGAAGUUCUACGUUGUUAUUGACUGACUGAGUAAUUGCCUAUGAAAAAAAUGUGGUUAUUGAAAAAAAUGGAAGAUUUGGUUGUGUUUAUGUCAUGUUUCUUCAAUCGUAAACAGAUAAUAUAUUUUAAGAGAAUCAAGGAAUAGAAUUUUUGACCGACUUAAGUUUUUCCAUGAUACCGAGUUAACUAAACUUAUUCUUGUUAAAACGGCUAUUAAAAUUUUAUUGUGACAUUUACUGUCAUAUUUUGUAUAUGAGUGAGUAAUUUUGACUUAGUGUAACUUGCGAUUUGCACUAACUAUUUACCUCUGUUAUUCUAGCUAGAUUUCAUUUAAAAAGUACCUAAAAUGUUUAAGUGAUUUGUUUCAAGAUUUUGAACAAUUCUCGUACUCAUUAAAAAAAAUGAUUUUAGCAUACUCAUGUGAUUAAUUUACUAAGGAAAGUAAUAAAUUACUUUAUAUCGGAAUAAGACAUUAUCUUAUGUGAAUCUAUUGUCCAGUAUUUAAAGCAAUUGUGUAUCAACCAUUCCAUUACAAUUUCAAGUUUUAUCCUAUCCCUUUCAGUUUGAAUAGCUCUCGCACUUAUAGUUAAACCUAAUAUCGAGUAUAUGAACAAGAACACUUAAUGAAUCGGCUACACUACAUUAUAUUAUUUAUUGAACUCUACAUUUUAUAAUAAAAAAAGUGCUGAAUGCAAAACCAAUUACGAAUACCGCUUUAUCUUGGAUAUGGUCAUAAAAAAGUAUUUACAAGACAUCAGCUAAAUAUUAUUUCUAUUCGAUGGAAAACAGUGUGUCCAGAAAUAUCACAUGAUAAUGAAACUACUGUAUCAACAUCUAGUCCUCGGUGGAAUAUUUUACAUUCAGAACCUGUGUAUAAUCCAACAUUAGUGGAAAAUCCUAAUCUAUGUAAAUCUUUAUGGGAUCGUUUACAACUGUUUAAUCCAGACAAGACAUUGGCGUUAAAUCAUAAUGAGUCUAUUGUUAGCAUGAUUUUACCACCUCCGAAUAUCACAGGUACACUUCAUGUUGGACAUGCGCUUACAUGUACCAUUCAAGAUGCAAUCGCUCGUUGUUACAGAAUGCACGGAAAAACAGUUCUAUGGGUUCCUGGUAUGGAUCAUGCUGGAAUUGCGACGCAGUCAGUAGUUGAAAGAGAUUUACUAAAACAAUAUUCAUUAAAUUCUAGUCAAUUUCCUAUUAAUCAAUCUAAGUCAUCAGCACCGAGCUGUCAAGUUCCUUCAAAUCCAAGAUUAUUACUGGGACGGGAAAAUUUUAUUCAACGUAUUUGGGAUUGGAAGAAUCAACACGCCGAUUUGAUCCGUGAACAAUUGAAUAGUCUUGGAUUAUGUUUGGAUUGGAGUAGAGAGUUUUUCACAUUAAGUCCUAGCCAUUCUGAGUGUGUCACUGAAGCAUUUUUAAGAUUGUACAAUGCAGGAUUGAUUUAUCAGUCUGAAAGUUUUAUAUCUUGGUGUUGUUAUCUCCAAACAGCCAUCUCCGAUAUCGAAGUUGAAUUUCGUGAUAUUUCAGAGUCGAAAUUUCUCAAUAUACCAGGUUAUGAAAAGCCAAUUGAAUUCGGUAUAAUGGAUUAUUUUGCCUAUCGUGUGAUAGACCCACCAAAAUCAUCAUUAUCAGAAUGUAAUCACUCUGGUUCAAGAUGGGACGAAAUAGUUAUCGCGACUACCCGUUUAGAAACAAUGCUUGCUAGUGUAGCUCUAGUUGUCCAUCCAGAUGAUAAACGUUAUCAACAUUUAAUUGGGUGUUACGUAGAACAUCCAUUCUAUCCAAAUGAACGUCUUCCGAUAAUUGCCGAUGCACAAUUUGUUCAGCCUGAAAUAGGCACAGGUGUUGUAAAACUCAGCCCAGGUCAUAGUCAAGUUGAUUGGGAAGUAGCAAAACGGCAUCAACUCCCUAUUAAACAUGUAUUUGAUAAUUCUGGUUGUAUAACAAAUACGGGAAGUGAAUUCGAUGGAUUACCCAGAUUUAUAGCACGUCAACGUUUAGUUGAACAACUCACUAAUCUUGGUCUAUAUAAACGUCGACAAAAUAUUGGAGCCAAUGGAGGUCGAACUGCAUUAUUGCCAAUUUGUUCUCGUUCUGGUGAUAUUAUUGAACCGAUGAUUAAAAAACAAUGGUUUGUACGUACAAAAAAUUUAGCUGAGGCUGCAGUGAAAGCUGUCCAUUCUAAUCAGUUGGAAUUAUUUCCAGCAAAUCAAAAAUUAAUUUGGUCGGAAUGGUUAAAACCAACAAAUCAUAAAGAUUGGUGUAUAAGUCGUCAGCUUUAUUGGGGUCAUCCUAUUCCAGCUUAUAAAGUUAUUACGUCCAACUCAAAAUCAAAUGAUGAUUGUGAUAGUACGGAUCGAUGGAUCGUAGCUCGUUCAAUUAACGAAGCUGUAAAUAUUUUGACUGAUUCUGGACUUCAGUCGAAUGAUUAUCAGCUUAUACCAGAUCCAGAUGUUUUAGAUACUUGGUUCAGUUCUGCACUAUUACCAUUUUCAGUAUUUGGUUGGCCAAAUGAUACUAAAGAACUACGUUUCUAUCCUCUGCGUUUAAUAGAAAGUGGACAGGAUAUAUUAUUUUUUUGGAUUGCUCGUAUGGUUAUGCUUGGUGUAUUUCUAACAGGACAAGUCCCAUUUAAAACUGUAUGUACAUCAAAAUUGAUCUACUUAAUUGUUGGUUAUCAUUUAUUUUUAUCGAUUGAUUGGAAUAACCGAGUAUUUCGAAUAAACUAUUCUUUUGUUUGUGUAAAUUUUUAUAUUUAUCAUCGUCAUUACCCAUCAAUCAUCAUCAAAUGCAACAUGAUCAAAUGUUAACCAAUUUUAUGUAAAUUAUAUUAUCCUAUUGUAAGAUUUAAAUUACACAACGUGAAUUGAAAGAACUAGAGAAGAAAAAAAACUCAAGUUAUACUGGUUGUUCUAUAUUGUUGAAAUGAAGUGAAUUACUCGGAACAAAAGUUUUUGUUUAAAAGAAUAACAUUAACCUACUUAUUAAUAUUUAAUUUGAAUGAUAUUGUUAGAGUAGAUCGAUUUGUGCACAUGGUUCAUGUUUUGUUAUCAAUUCAGAUUAUUGAUAAUGAUGCUGAUCUAUCAUCAGGUAAACAGUAUUUUUAUAGUGAUAGAACACUGAAUAGUAGUGAUUAAUGUCAUAUUUGUCCAAUCCUUAGUGCGGAUCAAAUUCUAUCGAUCAAGUUAUAUUACAGACAACUGUCUAUGAGUGGCUCAGCGUCAACAUUAUAUAAAUAUCUCAGUUCUACAGGAUGCUAGUCACAGCUUGUAUAUCUCAGUGAUAACGUCUCCAACUUCGCAGCUGGGUUCUGCUGUUUACCUUACUUGGACCACUAGUUUUUUCAAAACCCCGGGUAUGCCUUGCUCUCGAAUGCUGACCUCCAACCACCUGGCAUCUAAAUAGUGUUUUUAAUAUUCUACUCUAUUUUAUGUCAGUUACAAAUUGGGUACUUACUUAUUGACGUCAUAAAGUUGAUCGUUAAUAUAAUAGUUUCAGUUUACUAGUAUUCUUGUUGCGAAUAGUUUGUGUUGUGACGAACAGAUUAAUUUGAUAAAACACUGAUGAACUAACUUAGCCUAAAUGAUGAGUUCUGUUAAUAUGUUUCACUAUAUAAUACAAUCAUAUUAUUUUACAGCAUAGAAUUGUGGAGAUUGUUGAGUUUCAUUCAGAUCAUGAACCGACCAGUGUUAGACCACCAUUGAAAACCUGGAAGUACUGGACGGUCGUUUCGUCCUGGUAUGGGACGCGUUAGCAACACGUAUCCACGACUCUGGGUCCGGGAAUCUAAUCCAGGAAAUUCGGCCUCGUGCGUGAACGCUUAAUCUCUAAACCACUGACUCGGCAACGAACUGUGUUAAUGUCUAAAUUCAGUCAGUCCACGAUCGUGUGUGACAAUCUUCCAUCGACCUCGGGGGAUAACUGUCUCACACCCAACACAAUUGAACAUUGAUCGGUUCAUUAUUUUAAUGGAACUCAACAAUCUCCACAACCCUAUACUGACAAUUAUCAUUCCAUAAUAAUUUACUUAAUCAAUAUUACUUUCCAAUAAAACAAGGUCAUUUUACACGGUUUGGUGUGUGAUUCAACUGGUCAAAAAAUGUCUAAGAGUAAAAACAAUUCAGUGAAUCCAUUGAAAAUGAUACAUGGGAUUGGAAACCUUCCAAAGGAAACUGUUGGAUCAUCGAUUCAAGUAUUAGGUGCAGAUGCUUUAAGAGCUGCAUUAUUAACUCAUCAAUUAUCUCAGUCACAUAUUAAUUUUGAUGAGAAUGUUGUAUUGGAAAUGAGAAAAUUUUGUAAUAAGAUGUGGCAAACAGCUCGUUUUGUUUCGAUUCAACUUAAAAAGCAAAAUGUAUUUCAAUCAGUUUCAAGCAUACAUCACAAAUCACUUGGUACCCAGUGGAUAGAUUUUGUGGGAGGAUUAUGUAAAGAAAAGCAAUUAAGGUUGUUUGAUAUAUGGAUUAUACAUAAAUUAUGUCGAUUAAUUCAUUUGAUCAACUUAUCAUGGACAGAUCCUGAAGACAUUGAUCAUGGUGAAAAUAAGAUUCAGACUGGCAAUCACAGGCUUAGAGUCGAUUUUGAUAAUGAAAAUUUAAAAUGGUCAUUCCAUCAUGGUGUCAAAGGGAUGCAAAAUUGGUGGCUGAAUGAUCUAUGUUCCAUUUACCUAGAAGUAAUUAAAAAUGAAGUUUCUUCACCGUACAACACCAAUUCUUUGCAUAUCUUAUAUCUUUGUCUAAUGACCGGCAUUCAUAUAUUUCAUCCAAUUAUGCCACAUUUAACUGAAGUUCUCUGGCAUGGUUUAAAUAUUAAUAUUGAACAGAAAGACGAGUUGUAUAAUCCAGAAAACAGCUUAUUGAUGCAACAAUUUCCUAAUUGUAAAUGGUUUGAAUUCUUGUAUCAGAAUAACUAUGAUAUUUCAUUGGAUCGUGUACAAGAAAUCAUGUCUGAGCUAACUACAGUAGCUUCGAAUGUCAAUUCUUGGCGUACUUUACUCCGAUCUAUUCAUCAUGAUAAAUCAGGAAAUCCCACGAAAUUAAAGAAAAUUGAAUCUGAUGGUAUUUACUUGAUAAAAAACUCUAGUGAUUCAAAUGUUUCAGAAGAUGAAUCUGCUGUUUUGAAAGCGCUUACAUCUAUUAACUUGAAGUCAGAUAUGCUAAGAAGUAAUAGUUAUGUUUAUAUACCUGUUCAUAAUGAUCAAACUGAUUGGCAUUUAUGUAUAAAUGAGAAUGAAUAUGAUCUUAAUUGGGCUAGUAAUCAAUUACAACUUCGUAUUGAUAAAUUAUGUAAACGUAAAGAGGAGCUGAUAAAAAUAGAGAAAAUGAAAAAAGGCAAAGAGAAUGCACAUGAAACAAAUCAAUCUAAGAUUGAAGUAAUAGAAAGAAAAAUGGAAAAACUUGAAUAUCAACUUUCUUGUUUGAUGUAGUAUGAUAUUUUUGUGGUUUAUAUAGAUUAUUGUGUCAAAUUGAGUUAUUGUAAAUCAUUAAUUUUAUGUAUUAUUUGUUACUCAUUUAUGUUUUAUAUAUGGCUGUAAUGAAUUCAAUAAAUUAUUUGCAUAGACAA